AUGGGGACGUCCAAGGUCAGCGCUGACGGAGAUGGGCGGCGGCGGCGGCUGCAGUCGCACCGGGAGAGCGCAGCGGACGGGACCUCCGCCCGACAGCUGCAACGACACACAGAUCCAGAGGCACCGUCAAUCCAGCACUCUCGAGAGUCCUCAGCGCCGUCGAGUAGUCACCUGACAGUGCGUUAUCACACUCAGUCUUGUAGAACGGACACUCAUGCCAUCAGUGAACUAAAAGUAUCCCAUGAGGGUACGGGCAGUGAUCAGUUCCGUGAAUUAGUCGGCUCUAACAAUUAUGAAAUCAAUAGAGCCUUUGAACUUAGUGUGCAAAGAAGCCCACGUCCUCAGUACCGCCCUCGUUACGGCAUCAGAUCACACAGACUAAAGCGUGCAGUCCGCUGGGAACGUAGCAGAGCCGACGGCCAGCUCCAGGACAAGAGUGGCGCAGCACAGCGGUCGGGCAGAGGUCAGUCUGGGCCAGGAGACGCCCAGCGACCUCACCCGGCACCGUCAGAAGGCGCUGCCGUGUCUCCGCGCGCCGGCUGCGACUGUUCGGUGCUCAGUCUGCUGGGGCUGGCGACCAGUGGCGCGGCGCUGGGUGCGCUGGGCGCCGCGCUGGUGCAGCAGCUGGCCAGCGGCGGCACCGGUCGCAGCCAGCAGGCGACGCCGCUGGCCGCGCUGGUGCCGCCCCGGCUGCGGGCGGCGCUGCGGGUGGCACUGGUCGACCCGGACCGCCUGCUGAGUGUCACCUGCGGCGCGGCCGGCCGGCUGGCUGAGGCGGCCCGCAGCCCGGUCUCGCUGCCGCGGCCGGCGGCCGGCGGACGCAGCAUGCUGGAGGAGUGCGACUGCUACGGCGGCAUGCUCGGCUCGCUGGCCGGGUUUGCGGCGCUGGCAGGCGCCAUAGCCUUCGCCGCCACAGCCGCUGUACUUGCGACGACGACGACAACAACGACAGCAGCGCCGGCAGGGGCGGGAGGACGGGCGGCGAGUCUCUUCGGCAAGGAGACAGGCUGGGAGGUGCCGUCCGAUUGGUUGGCCGCCGUGGCCCGGACCAGCGGCGGGGGUGACCCACGGCACGGCCGUGGUGGGAGCUGUCCCGCGCAGCUGCUCUGCCGGGGACUGCAGAGUCUGGACGAGGCUCUCCCCAAUGGAGGUCUACAGGCUCGCCUAGCCAGUCUGCCGGCGUCCUGGCUGCUGGCCCUGCUCACCAGUGGCGGAGACGGGGCGGCGACACUGACGGCGCAGUUCGCCACCUACUGCCGCGUGCUGGUGGCGUCAUCAGAGGCAGCGCGAGGCGGCGACUGCCGCCGGCGGCGCGUCUGCCUUCUCCGAACCGUGACGCUCACUGACCCCUGACGAGAGGACGCGAGUCGCACGCUGUGCAGUGUGCACCGUCACAGCGCAUACCUGUGUUCAAACGCACUGUAUAGGAACUAAUAUAUGCAAACGUACAAACCAAGUGUUACAA